AUGAAUGGUAUAUCAUUGCUAUAUCCGGCUUGUAUUCCUGGGAAUUCAUCCGUUAAAUUAAUUGACGAUGAUGAGACCGCUUCUGUAUCUUCCGGAGUCUCUCCGGCUCCUUCUGCACAAGAUUCUAAAUCACCUACGGAUAAUCAUGUGAAGCGCCCUAUGAAUGCAUUUAUGGUAUGGAGUCGAGGACAACGACGUAAAAUGGCGCAGGAUAACCCCAAAAUGCACAACUCCGAAAUCAGCAAGCGCCUGGGAGCGGAAUGGAAGCAGUUGUCAGACAAGGAUAAACGCCCUUUCAUAGAUGAAGCAAAACGGUUACGAUCAAUACAUAUGAAGGAGCAUCCAGACUACAAGUAUCGUCCACGGCGUAAACCUAAGUCAGCUGUGAAGACACCGAAUCGCUUGCCACUCGGCAUCGCCUUGCCUCCAUUCGCAACUCAAGCACUUUUUGCCAACUACGGUCCACUGGAUGGAAUCAAAGCGCCCGACUUUACCAGCUAUUAUUCCUCAUUCUUUCCUAACAGUAUGCUGUCCACAUCCUAUUCACCGUACAACGUAAUGGCCGCCUAUGCACGGCAAGCGGCUGCUGUAGCUGCAGCAUCGCAGCCUCCUCAUCCAACGAGUUCAUUGCCUCAAACAUGA